CACAUUUGCAAUUUCGGCUUCCCAUUAGCCACAGGUGUUUAACAAAUAGAAAAUUAUUAACAAAAUAUCGCAAAAUGGGUGAUGUUACAGGACUAAGCAAUGCUGAAGCUGAACAGCUUUGCGCAAAGCGCGAUCCGGCCACCAAGGAUUUCCUAUUCCAACAAACCAUGUAUCGCAUCAAGGAUCCACGCAAAUCUUUGCCCUUUUACACAAACGUCUUGGGCAUGACCUUGCUGGUCAAAUUGGAUUUUCCAGAGGCCAAAUUCUCCUUGUACUUUAUGGGCUAUGAGAAUCCAGCUGAUAUACCAAAAGAUCAACAAGAGCGCAAGAGCUGGGCAUUGAGUCGUAAAGCCACAAUUGAAUUAACCCACAAUUGGGGCACUGAAUCCGAUCCCGAUCAGAGCUAUCACACUGGCAACUCUGAGCCACGUGGUUUUGGACAUAUUGGCCUGAUGGUUCCAGAUGUCUAUGCUGCCUGUAAACGCUUUGAGGAGCAUAAUGUGGAAUUCGUUAAGAAACCCAAUGAUGGUCGCAUGAAGGGUUUGGCCUUCAUUCGGGAUCCCGAUGGCUAUUGGAUUGAGAUUUUUAAUGCCUUUGGUGUCCAGCAGCAGAACUAGAAGAAUGUUUUGCUCCCUCCUUUCUGAGUUUCCUUAUUCUGUUUAACUUAUUAAAUAUAUAUUUUUUUCCUUAUUUUUUUUUGAGAUUAUUUUGUCCAUGGAGAGAGUUGUAAUAAAGCAGCAGAAAGAUUGCCGAAUCCGUUA